AUGUCGACGGUUAAAGCAAUUGAUAUUUCUUCGAUACAUAGAAUUUGCUCAGGUCAAGUAAUAUUAGACUUAGCGACAGCCGUAAAAGAGCUUGUAGAAAACAGUCUUGAUGCACAGGCAAAGUCAAUUGUAGAAAUUCGAUUUAAAGAAUAUGGCAUCCAAUCCGUUGAGAUAAUAGAUGAUGGCACGGGAAUUCAUCCUAUCGACUAUGAGAGUUUAGCUCUCAAGCAUCAUACGUCUAAAUUAUCUAGUUUCGAAGACUUAAUGAACAUUAAUUCAUUUGGUUUUCGAGGUGAAGCACUUAGUUCAUUAUGCGCCCUAUCUAGAAUUACAGUUUCAACGUGUACUCAAGAAGAAACCCCGACAGGUGUCAAAUUGGAAUAUGAUUCACAUGGAAGGCUCAUAAAAAAAUCACCAACGGCUCGAGAGAGAGGUACAUCCAUAAUCCUACGAGGACUUUUUGAAUCAGUCCCAGUUCGACAUCGAGAAUUUAAAAAGAAUAUUAAACGAGAAUUUGGCAAAGCGCUAGUGCUCUUGCAAGCUUAUGGGAUCAUUUGCGAGAAUGUUAGGAUUAUUUGUACAAAUCAAUUAAAUAACAGCGCAAAAGCUAAAGUAUUGGCCACUAGUGGGAACAGAUAUACUAUCCAUAUGAUUGGUCAUAUUUCUAAACCUAUGAAAGGACACGGUCGUGGAAGCAAUGAUCGACAAUAUUUUUUCAUUAACGGUCGUCCAUGCAAUUUACCAAAAAUUGCAAAAGCCAUUAACGAGAUAUAUAAAAGUUUUAAUACCUAUCAAUACCCAUUUAUUGUUAUGGAUUUUCGACUUGCGAAAUCUUUAUACGACGUUAACGUAAGCCCGGAUAAAAGGACAAUUUUCAUUCACAACGAAAACAACAUAGUGGGAACAUUAAAGGAAGAAUUGAAUAGUGUUCUUGAACCAUUUCGAUCUACUUUCGUGAAUUCCAGUACUGAAUUAAUUCAACUGUCAAUAAAAGAAAAUGUUUUAUGUUUUGAGAAUUCAAAAGUGGAAAAUUCUUCACAAAACAAACUUGCUCAAAAUAAAAGUGGAACUUUCUUUAUGCAAGACAAUGAUAACAUUCAGAGUAAUGAGAACACUAAAAACGAAUUUGAUUCGACAAAAAACUCGAUAAACUCAAUAUGCUCAUCGUCUAAUAUUGAAGAGACGAUGAAAAUAAAAGCUGAUGUCGAGUACGAGAGUUACGCGCCAAUAAAUAUUCAAUCAGAAGAGGACGAAGUACACGUGAUGAAAAAACCAAAGAUUACCAUGGAAAAAUCAGUAAUCGCUGGUUCUCCGCGAAAUAAAUUAUCUCAAUAUUUAUCUUCAAAUGCGAAGGAAAAAAGUAACGUCACGAAAGACAUUAUUAAACCAAUUGACACCUAUUUAUUUAAAGAUCAGAAAGUAUCUUUGAAAAUUCCUACUCCUAUAUCAUGUGAAGAACAAUGUCUUAGAAAUCCUCUCAACGAAAAUAAAGUCGAUAUCGAACAAGAGAAGCAAAUGAAAAUGAUUGUCGACCAUUCGACUAAUGAGGUUUUAAUGACUGAAAAGGAUGGUCUUGAUGAAGAUAUUAUAAUGGCUGAAGAUGAUAAUUUUGUUUCGAGCUCCGUAUCAAAUAACUCGGAAGCUAUUGUAAUAGAAAAUGGUUACGAGAGAAAAGAUAUCGAGAUACCAUUUGAUAUUCGAAGAUAUGAAUAUAUUGAUAUUAAUCGGCGAGAUUUGCAAAAGAUUAACGAUUGUGAUAUGCGAUUAAGCAAUUCGGGGAUCGACAUUCAAGAUAAUGAAGUUGCUGCAAGAGAAUUAAAUAAGGUUAUAUCGAAAAAAGAUUUUGGCCUAAUGGAAAUUGUAGGACAAUUCAAUCUUGGAUUUAUUAUCGCUAAAUUGAGCAAUGAUUUAUUUAUUAUUGACCAGCAUGCGUCUGAUGAGAAAUAUAAUUUCGAAACUUUACAACUUCACACUAAAAUUCAAUCUCAGAGGCUUAUAAGUCCAAGGAGGUUAGAACUUACUGUGGCUGAGGAAUUGGUUGCAAUUGAAAACUUGGAAAUCUUACAAGCGAAUGGAUUUGAUUUUGACAUAGAUUAUGAUGCAUCUCCUACUAAUAAAUUGAAAUUGUUGUCACAGCCAAUGAGCAAAAAUACAGUAUUUGGAGUUAAAGAUUUAGAAGAAUUAAUAUUUCUAUUGUCUGAACGACCGGGCGAAAUGGUGCGUAGUUCUCACGUCAGAAAUAUGUUUGCAUCUAGAGCUUGCCGCAAAUCUGUAAUGAUUGGAGAUGCAUUAAACCGUCAACAAAUGCAAAAGAUUGUAAAGCGUAUGGGAGAUAUUGAUCAACCAUGGAAUUGCCCUCAUGGCCGACCAACUAUGAGACAUCUUUUCGAUAUGUCGCAAGUAAAUAAUUCUCAACCAUAUACAAUGCGUCUUAAAACUAGAG